CAAUAAGCUCAAAGUUGUGAUUUUAUCGAGACUCGGGCGUUUUUGGGAUGAGAUUAGACGCUCUAGUAAAAUUCCUCAUGAGUUUGGGAAAGUUCCUUUAUUUUGCACGUGCGAAACGACGCCACCAAAAAAUUCCUUCACCAUCCCUUUACAGGACGUUUGUUUAUUGGUGAAGCCUUCAGGAAAAUUUUCUCUUAUUUAUAUUAGAAUUUAAUAUCUUCUGAGAUUUUUAAAAGAAUUUAAAUACUAAGGGGAAUUCUAACUGUGAAAUGCCAGAAAUCACGUAGUCAGUAUGCGUAAAUUUUCACCUAUCUUUCUCACUCAAUACCUCUCUCUUCUGCCUCAAAUAUUAAGAUUGUAAAGUUAUGGAGUAAAUUUUCUUGGAAAAAGUGAAGAUGUGAGUGACCGUGAUUAGUUGCUGAGAAGUUCAGUGUUGGAAAAGAUACAGAGAAUAGAGGGAGCACCAUGAGAGAAAAUUAUAUUACUGACUUUGGUGUAUUGAACGCGCGACAUGCACAGUUAUUCCUUAUUUUUACGAUUAUUACAUUUUUACGCUUGCUGGUGAUCACGAAUGAGACAUUGCGAUUGGAGGUGGGCAGAGGAAGCGCAACACGUUGAAGAUUCAACAAGUGAAUGAUCAAAUCAUGGCUCUCAAUAUUGCACUGCCUUUGUCUGUGAGUGAAUUCAUGGAUCCCCUGGAUAUUCUCUCACCGGACCCCUCAACCAUUGGGAUAGAUUGCAGAGACCGAGACCAGAUCAAACUACUGAUUUCUCCGAUAUCAAGCGAAUCGAGUGGAGUUAGUUCAAUGGGAUCUGAUGAAAUCAAGAAAUCUCCAGAGAAAGAUACGUACCAAGACUGCAAAAUAAUGUAUGGUGGCCGCAAUAUAAUUGACAUGGGCUCAAAUUUGACUAAUGGAUCAUUCAAGAUUCGUUACACCGAGUUGCCUGAAAAUAAUAUUCCGAUGUUCCUUAUGAACCGCUCUCAGUACCACCGUUUGGGCGCCCAUGGACACAUUCAAGAAUACACCUUAAUACGCUGCAGUUGCUGUGGCCUCAUGAUACCUGAUCAACCCGAACUUGUGCCAACUUCUGGACCAAACUCAAUCUCUCGCGCCAUAAUUGCCGCCCAAGUUAAGCUUCAGGGCAAUAAUAAUAAUAAUAAUCUUACUGUCAACAACGAUUCACGCAUUUACUACAACAACAACCACAACGUCUCGAUUGGUGCAUCAAAUGGACACAACGGUAUCUUUCACAAUGCUCUUCACUACCGUCCAACGUCAUACAUCCAAAACAACAACACCAGCAGCAUCAAGUACUACGGCAACAACUGUCCAGCAAUUAUCUAAACAACAAGACAGGUGGGCGAGAAAAUUACAUAUCUCAUAAAACCCUUACUCUGACGCAUUGGACAACGUUAAGGUAAGGGGUUGAUAGGGCAUGAAGCUUGACUGAGUGGCAGUGAGAACUUUCUCUUUUAUUGAGAGAGCAUAGAACGAAUUUGAUGUCCUAUUGUUGUCCUAAAUACCUCUAAAGUACUUUCUGUUCUUCCUCGUCUUAUUUUGAUACAAAUUAAUUUUAAUCACUCAAUAUAUCUUUGUGUGGGAAAUAAUCCUAAAUAGUGAGGUGAAAUUGUGACAACAGUAGUUAAUUAAUGCUGUAGAUUUUUUUUCUUUUUCUGCCUUUAAUAAGUGAGAAAAUAAACCCACACACAAGCACAAACUUAAAAAAAAACAUCUCCAAACGCACAUAUAUAGUGCCACCUGUUACUCGGGUUAUAUUUUUGUUAUGUUGCAAGAGAUUAAAGUAAUUUAACUAUUAUUUAAUUAUUAUUAUGGAUUGAUUGCCUUCACCACCUCCGUUGUGCUUAUACUGUGUUCCUAUUAGAUAAUAUUUAUUGUAUUUUUUAAUCUAACCUUAUAGAUGCUCAUUUGCGUCUCUUGCUCAAUUACACAUUAAAAUUUUGGUUAGAAUAAUUUAGCAAUGCAUCUCAACUGAUAAACCCUUUUUUAUACAAUUGUCAAAUAUUUCAGUGCUAAUUAAUCACAUGAAAGAGACAAUUUGUGAAUGGCUCUGAUUAAAGGUUUCACAGUUUUAAAUAAGUGUAGUUAUAAGACAGUUGAAAGAAAUGAUAAAUAAACAGUGUUAUUUUAAAUUGUAAAUCGUAAAAAGAAAAAAAAACAAUGUUCAGGUAUUGUGAAAAAGAACAAUCAUGGUCAUAAGCUCAAGCAAACAUUAAACCACUUUUACACCAAAAA